AUGAAUAAUAUAUUUGAAGAAGUAAGCUUUUUAGAAGAACCUUACUACAAUUAAAAAUCUAAUUCAAUAAUUAGAACAAAUAAUUCCAUUCAGCAUUUACUUAUCAAAAGCUAAUUGAAUCCAAACACUAAUUAAUAACCAAAUUAUUCUAAUGCUGCGUAUCAUUUAUUAUUUUAUCAUUAAAGUUAUUAUGACAGAACAAUUUGUAAUUCUAAUAUUAUUGUUGGAUCAAAUAUAAGUGAGGAAAAAUAAGAUGAAAUAAUUUAAAUUGAGGAUAAAUUGUCUAGCUGUCAUUAUAAAGUAAUUUAAGUUGCUGAGAAGGAUGAUGAUAAUUAAUUUUUAUAAUACAAAAUAUAAUGA